AAACACCGUAUCGAAGAUCUAAUCUCUUUGUCCGUUCACAAAUCAGUAUAGUGAGAAUCAGUUGUUAGGGGUGGGGGGGGGGUGAAAUUGACGGCAUCGUCUUCCCUGGAUGUGAUACAUAUCUAGUGACCUUCUCAGAUCUUUCAUGGCAUCCUCGAGUAAUAGCCAAGCCGAAGUUGACGCUGACGAUGAGGUUCCCGAAGAAUCAAUUGAGCAUUUUGAUGAUUUCACUCUCGCUUCUUCAUGGGAAAGGUUUAUUUCCGAGAUUGAGGCGGUUUGUCGCCUUUGGAUGGCUGAUGGUCCGAAGAAUCUAUUGGAAAAAGGAGCUGUUCUCCUGGAGUCUUUCAACAACUUGUACAAGGUCAAAUCUGAAAUGAAGUAUGCCAUGAAAAGUUAUUGUAUGGAGUACUAUUUUGAUUCCAACCCUGACGGCAAAGCUGCAGAAUGGAAUUUUAAUAUGCACGAUUUGCAAUUGUGUUUUGGUGUAAAGGAGUUUUUGGUUAUUGCUCCUCAAAGUGCAAGUGGUGUGGUGCUUGAUGCGCCUGAGGCCAGCAAGCUAUUGAGUGCUGUUGCAAUUGCUCUUUCAAAUUGUUCAAGUUUAUGGCCAGCAUUUGUUCCAGUUCAUGAUCCUUCUCGGAAAGCAUAUGUUGGAAUUCAGAACUUGGGAACUGUAUUUACAAGAAGGUUUGAAGCAGAUCGAAUUGGUAGCCAGGUUCCCAUAAAACUCAUGCAUUUGGAAGGGCUGUAUGAAUUAUUUGUAGCUAAGUUUGCUUACUCCACAUUGGAUCUGUCCAUUCAUGUUUUCAAAGUCCAAUUUGCAAUGAGGCUAACAUACAGAACACUUCCUUAUGACGAUGAUGAUUAUAUCAAAGGCACUGACGCUGGAGUUACAGAAUCUGGAGAAAAUCCUACUGGUGAAACCUCCAACAGGACUCAGUGGGACGAUGACUGUUCCUGGAGUGAGUGGUAUUCUGCAGAAGAUCCUGUGAGAGGAUUUGAAUUGAUUGCAAUAUGGUCGGAGAAGAUCAUUGAAAGUUCUGUGGAAAUGGCUGAACUUGAAAAUGCUUCACCUCAUGAAGCUGAGAAAUGGUUGAUCUCCCCAAAUUUUUCUCCUAAUUUACUUGAAGGUUCCAAAGGGAAUCAAAUUGGAUUUUCUUCCCAGCUUCACCUUCUAGUUGAUGCAUUGGAAAUGUCAUUUGAGGCCCAGUUUAUAGAAGACUUUGUCUCAGCUGAAAAUCCGGGCUCAGAUAAUUUAAAAUCUUCAAUGGUUAUACCUUCACCAACAGUUAUAGAUCGUGUUAUGAGAGAACUAUUUCACGACGGAGUUCAACUGACGGGCUUUUUCGAUGGUGAACACAAGACUUCUCGAGCUAUAAAAGGCGCAUCACUUGAAUCUCUCUUUGCACAGUUUUGUUUGCAUUCUCUUUGGUUUGGCAACUGCAAUAUACGUGCUAUUGCUGUGCUAUGGAUAGAGUUUGUUCGUGAAGUUAGAUGGUGUUGGGAAGAGUCACAACCAUUACCCCGAAUGCCUGUAAACGGUACAAUUGACCUUUCCACAUGUUUGAUCAACCAGAAACUUCUGAUGCUUGCAAUAUGCAUUGAGAAGAAGCGGCAAUGGAAUGAAGAUUUUCAAGAUUGUCUUGGAAGUGAGGAUCAUUCAGACUCUAUGACUGAGGAUGAAAGUGUAGCUGGGGAUGACCCGCAUACAAUGCAGAAACCCAGGGAAGAUUUUUCCGGGAAAGUUGACAGCUUUUCAAUUAUUGAUGAUUCACAUUCUUGUGGAAGAAUAAUUGCCAGAGAUGGUGGUAGAAAACCUGAAGAUUCAGGCCUGCCGAAUGAUAAAAAUUCUUCAGAAAGCACCAGGAGAGGUUCAGCUGGUAUUAUUGAUUCUAUGAUGCUUCUCAAGUCAUGUCAAAGCAUGCAUACCCCGUACACUCAGGAAGCACCGCUUAUGACAGAAGACAUGCAUGAGGAGCGACUUCAAGCUGUUGAAGCCUUUAGUGAUUCAUUUAAUUUUUCUGCGCAGCUGGAGAAAGAGAUUUUAACUUCAGACAUGUCGGCAUUCAAAGCAGCAAAUCCAGAUGCUGUUUUUGAGGACUUCAUACGAUGGCAUUCACCUGGAGAUUGGGAAGAGGGUGACAUUGAGGAUAGUGUUACACAAAGUGGCGUUGGAAUUGAGAAGUCCAAAUAUAAUUGGCCCCCAAGAGGGAGUCUUUCAAAGAGAAUGUCUGAGCAAGGGAAUCUGUGGAAAAAGAUUUGGGAUGGUGCACCUGCUCUUCCUGCUUCUGAACAGAAGCCUCUUCUCGAUCCAAAUAGAGAGGGAGAAAAGGUGCUUCAUUACCUGGAAACUCUCCGGCCACAUCAAUUGCUUGAGCAAAUGGUUUGUACUGCCUUCAGAGCAGCAGUUGACACACUAAACCUGACCAGUUAUGGAGAACUGAAACAGAUGGGGACGAAGAUGGACCAACUUUACCUUACCCUGGCAUCUGGACUGAAGCCGUUGCAGGUGAAUCGUCUGUCUGCAGAUAGUGAGACUAUUAAUGACCUAAGACGACUUUGUAUUGUUUUCGAACAUGUUGAGAAAUUAUUGGCUGUUGCUGCUUCUCUUCACCGUAAGCUUCUGCGGACGCCACGCCUCUCUAGAGAAAUUUUUGGUGAUUUCUACAACUUCUAUAGCCCGAGGAUGGGAAUAGGCUCAACAGACGACAUUAUUAGUAAGGAGUAUGACAAGAAACUGGAAGUAAGGAAUCAUGAGAGAGCAGUGGUGUCCAAUAUGUUCAGUCCUCCCACGGCCAAUCAAUCUUGGAGAAAAGUUUUGAGCAUGGGCAAUCUUCUCAACGGGCAUGAACCAAUCCUGAGGGAGAUUAUAUUUACUCUGUGCGAUGAGGUGAAUGGGAAUCACUAUGCAGCUCGUGAUACAAGUGCUUCUCAAAAUGAAUUGAAAAGUUAUCGGAUGUAUACAAGUGGAACAUCAAAUGACCUCCGGGUAGCACUUUCUGUUGUUUCAUGUGAUUGAUUUAUUGAUGGGAUGUUUUGGUUAUA